AUGAAUAAUAGAACAUCGGUAGCAACACUACAAAGACAAUCUACAUAUGAAUUAGGUCGUGAAAUUCAAAAGAGAGAAAAAAUCACUGGUGGAUUCGGUAAAACAUUUUAUAAAGCAACAUGGUUAAAUGGAGAGAACUUGCCCAUUGUAUUACUUGAAAUGAAAGGAAAUAAAGUAGAAGUUGAAGCGUUACUUUAUAUUACACUUCAUCAUACACAUAUUAUAAAAACGUAUGGUCUUGUAAAUCCAAACGAUCAAUUGAUAGGCUCAGAUUCAGUUUUACUUCUACAAGAAUACGCUAAAGAUGGUGAUAUUGCUAGAUUGUUAAGUGCACAACAUUUUAUUCCAUCACAAUAUGUACUAAUUGAAAUAUUUAUUCAAAUAUCAAGUGCUAUGAUUUAUCUUGCUGAAAAUGAUAUUAUACAUGGCGAUUUAGCGUGCAGAAAUGCUCUAGUUUUUAAAUCAGAUCCACAUGAUCCAAAAAAAAAUUUAAUUAAAUUAAUUGAUUUUGGUUUAACACAUAAUGAAUUAUUUGCAUCAGAUAUAGAGAUCAAUAUUCCAGUACGCUAUGCUGCUCCAGAAAUUUUACGUAGUAGAGGCCGAUCGAAUUAUUCAGAAAGAUCUGACGUCUAUUCAUUUGCUGUUCUUAUGUGGGAAGCUUGUUCUUUUGGAAAAAUGCCUUAUAGUGAAAUUUAUGAUGAUGAAGAAGUUUGUAAACAAAAGCUACAUGGUAAAAUAUUAACACGACCAGAUAAAUGUGAUCCAAAUCUUUGGAAACUUAUGAUUGUAUGUUGGAAUGAUAGAUUUCAUGAUAGACCAACAUUUAAUAUGAUUCAUAAACAACUGGAAUCUAUUCAAAAUGUUCAACCAUCGUCGUCAUCCUUACUUUCAAAUUCAAUGUUGUUGUCAUCGUCGUCGUCAAUAGUUGAGAAGCAUCCAUGUUUAUUUGCAAUUAUAUAUGAACAUUGUCAUGACUGUCAUUUACCAUAUACAGAUUAUGAUUCUCAUUUAGAUAGUUGUCGUGAAAAAAUACUGAGAUGUUUUCUUAAUUCAAAGCAACAUCCAGUAAUUCGUCAACUAUCUGGAAGAUCGACAUCAUUUGAUGAUAGCGAAAAUCGAAGUCGAAGAGAAAAUACUCGUCGCUCAAUGCAAUUUGAUUCAAAUAGUUCGCUAUCGUCGCGUCCAAAUACGAUUCAGAAUAGAAAAUCUUCAGAUAUACAUAUGGUACCAUUGGACGACAACAAAUCAACCAUACAUAGAACAAAAUCUGACAUUCAAGAAAAUCUAUCGAAUUUCUCCACAAUAAUUCAAGUACCCUGUGAAAUAUGUAAUCGACCGAUUGUGGGAUCACAAUAUCAAACACAUCUAAAACAAUGUAAUGAAAAUGAUAGACGUCGACUUGUGAAUAAAAGAAGACAAAUUGAAUUAUCAAAAAUAACAGUGAAAGUUGAAUGUCUAUUUUGUCGACAACGCUGUUCAUUAAAUGAAUCCGAGAAUCAUCAGAAUAAGUGUUCUUUCAAUCCAAAACAUAUUCCGGAUGUAUCAGAUAUUCAAUCAACAGGAAGACGGACUUCAAUUCCAAAUGAUAUCUCGUCCACGCCAUCAUUUCAGACUGAUCAUUUAUCAGGAAACACAUCUGAUCAGAUACACAUACCUUUCGACGAUACAACGAAAAAUUCAUUUCACAACAAUAACCAACAAUUAUCAUGUUUUCAAAAGUUUCUGUCAUGUCUACAGUCAUUUUUCAAUAAACACCAAUUAACAUAA